AUGUGGUUCCAGAAUCGGGCUCAGCAACAGACUACCAGCCUCGUUAUCAGCGCUGCCUGCCACUCACCCCCUGGUGCUCCCUCCUCAACGCUGUGCAAUGAAGAUGUGACUUCUCCCAGUGAGGAUCCGCUUAACCCGGAUAGGCCUUCGACUAGUGAGAUUUUAUAUCGUUCUUUACAUGAGAUCGUAUUUCAACAAGCCGGAGGAUUGACGUUGGAUGGGUUCGGUCACGGCCUCGUCUUGGUCACUGUCACUUGCAUUGUCCUGCUCGCUCUCCUCUUCAAUCUGAUCAGACACCUUGCAUCCCAUCAACCUGUCCGCACCGCCCUCCGAGUGUCCGCUAUCUGCUGUACUGUUGAGAAUGACUGCUUGGUCCAUGAUCUUGGAGACUUGAUUGAUGAUCUCCUGCUGGCCAUCCACCCCUCGGCACUAGACCAGAAAGCUAUAAAUAAUGUCAGUCUAACAUCCCAGACUCAGGCUCGUAAAAAGCCCGGUAGGAGUGCGGAAAUCUACGGUAUCACUACAGACACCUACGUGUGGGAGUUUGAGUAUCUGAACAACGAGACCUAG